AUGUCUGGAGUAGAGAUUCAUUCCGUCCCGCGUCCUACUGGGGCACCCACCCCGGCAAAACUUAACAAGAUAUCUUGUCAGUUGACACAAGACAAGUCUCGGGGAGGUGCCCAGGCUAUGUUAUAUGCCGUCGGUCUGACAGAGGAAGACAUGGAAAAGCCUCAAAUCGGUAUUUCACCUAUCUGGUGGGAAGGUAAUCCAUGUAACUCUCAUCUCCUCGAUUUGUCCAAAAAAGUCAAGGAGGGCUGCACGGAGGAAGGUUUAGUUGGCUUGACCUUCAAUACCAUUGGUGUUAGUGAUGCUAUUACAAUGGGAACAGAUGGGAUGCGGUACUCACUCCCAAGUCGUGAUCUCAUCGCGGACUCUGUUGAAGCUGUCACACUUGCGCAACAUUACGAUGGCAAUAUCUCGAUACCAGGUUGCGACAAGAACAUGCCUGGUGUCUUGAUGGCUGCUGCUAGACACAACAGGCCGACCAUUAUCGUCUACGGUGGUACGAUUCAGGUCGGGACGCGCCAUGUCGACUGCCCUUCCAUGGGGUACGAGAAAGGCGGGACUGUCAACAUCUCAGACGCCUUCGAGUCUUAUGGUGCCUAUGCUGUUGGCCUCAUCAAUGAUGAGGAGCGAUUCGAUGUCGUCAGACAUUCAUGUCCUGGCGCUGGUGCCUGCGGUGGUAUGGCCAACACCAUGAGCUCUGCUCUUGAAGUCUUGGGUAUGUCUCUUCCCUACUCCUCGAGCACACCAGCAAUGUACCCUGAGAAGGCACAGGAAUGCUUCAAAGUCGCCAAGUAUAUGAAACGUCUUCUGGAGCUUGAUUUGAAGCCCAGAGAUAUCCUCACCCGUCAAUCUUUCCUGAAUGCAAUCACUAUCGUCAACGUCCUUGGUGGCUCGACGAAUGCUGUUCUUCACUUGUUGGCUAUUGCCCGUGCCGCCGAUGUUCCCUUAACCAUCGACGACUUCCAGAUGAUUUCAGACAGGACUCCGUACCUUGCCGAUUUGAAGCCAUCUGGAAAGUAUUAUAUGGAAGACAUUCACAAAAUUGGUGGCAUACCAGCGAUCAUCAAAUACCUUCUCAAGAACACCGAUCUUAUCGAUGGUAGCCAGAUGACUGUUACCGGAAAGACCCUCGCUGAAAACCUCGUGGAUGUUCCGGAGCUCGACUUCGAUAAGCAAGACGUCAUCAAGAAGCUGGACGACCCCAUUAAACCCUCUGGCCAUUUGACUAUUCUCAAAGGUAGCUUGGCUCCUGGAACCGCUGUCGCCAAGCUUACAGGGAAGGAGGGUUUGCGCUUUGAGGGUGUCGCCAAAUGCUUUGAUAGUGUGCACGACUUUUAUCCUGCACUUGAGCGCGGAGACAUCAAGCAUGGAAUGGUCUUGAUAUUCAGAUAUCAAGGGCCGAAGGGCGGGCCAGGAAUGCCAGAGAUGCUGGGUCCCACUGCCGCUCUUAUGGGUGCUGGGCUGGGCAACUCGACUGCGCUGAUCACGGAUGGUCGUUUUUCUGGAGCAUCCAGAGGUUUCAUCAUUGGUCACGUCGUCCCUGAGGCAACCCUUGGUGGUCCAAUUGCUCUUGUGGAAGACGGCGAUCUCAUUGCCAUCGACGCAAAGAGUAGGACCAUCGACUGGCUAGUGGGCGAAGAAGAGAAAGUACGCCGAAGAAAAGCAUGGGAAGUCUCAGGCAAGAGUGCCCUCAGGGAGCGGAGAGGUAUCUUGUUCCGAUACGCCCGUGAUGUUGCUCCUGCCAACGAAGGAGCCUACUGCGACUGA